AUGGCAAACACUAAAAAACGAAAAGUUACUGAAAAAAAAGAACCUAUUCUUCAAAAACAAAUCAAGAAAAAACAAACAAAGAAGACUAUUCCAUCAAAAAAACAAGAUCAACUUGAAGUCGAACUUCCAUUAACUACAAAUAUCAAUAAACUAGAAAAAUCAUUGAGUAAUUUAGUUUGUGAUGCAUCAUGGUCAGAAAAUCUUCAAGAUUUAUUUAAUACUAAUAAUUUUAAACAAAUUGAACAAUAUCUAAGUAAUUUAUGGUCAACUGGUAAAAAAACAUAUCCUCCAAAUGAUCUUAUUUUUGAAGCAUUUAAUAAAACACCAUUUGAUAAAGUUAAAGUAGUUCUUCUCGGUCAAGAUCCAUAUCAUGAUGAUGGACAAGCUCAUGGAUUAGCUUUUUCUGUACCUAAAACAAUGACAAUAUUACCACCAUCUUUAAAAAAUAUUUAUAAAGAAUUAGCAAAUGAUAUAACAUCAUUUCGAAUUCCUGGUCAUGGUUGUUUAGAAAAAUGGGCAAAUGCAGGUAUUCUUUUACUCAAUGCUUCAUUGACAGUCGAACCUCAUUUACCAAAUUCACAUUCUCGUAUUGGUUGGACACAAUUUACUGAUGAUGUUAUUAAACUUUUAUCAACUAAACGUAAAGGUCUUGUUUUUCUACUUUGGGGUGGUUAUGCUCAUGCAAAAGAAAAAUUAAUUGAUCAAACAAAACAUACAAUUAUCAAAACUGCACAUCCAUCUCCAUUAUCAUUUAAUAAAUUUUCUAAUUGUAAAUGUUUUUCUCUUAUUAAUGCAGCUCUUGAAAAAUAUGGCGAAGAACCAAUUGAUUGGUCUCUUUAA